CGCGUGCGGGAGGGGGCGGGUGGGGAAGGAUCGCCGGUGAGAUCCUGAGGCGAGGCUCGCGCGCCCGCCCCCGCCCUGGCCCACAGCGCCCACCCGGUCGGCCCGGCUCAGCCAUGAUCAAGGCGAUCCUCAUCUUCAACAACCACGGGAAGCCGCGGCUCUCCAAGUUCUACCAGCCCUACAGUGAAGAUACACAACAGCAAAUCAUCAGGGAGACAUUCCAUUUGGUAUCUAAGAGAGAUGAAAAUGUUUGUAAUUUCCUAGAAGGAGGAUUGUUAAUUGGAGGAUCUGAUAACAAACUGAUUUAUAGACAUUAUGCAACAUUAUAUUUUGUCUUCUGUGUGGAUUCUUCAGAAAGUGAACUUGGCAUUUUAGAUCUAAUUCAAGUAUUUGUGGAAACAUUAGACAAGUGUUUUGAAAAUGUCUGUGAACUGGAUUUAAUUUUCCAUGUAGACAAGGUUCACAAUAUUCUUGCAGAAAUGGUGAUGGGGGGAAUGGUACUGGAGACCAACAUGAAUGAGAUUGUUACUCAAAUUGAUGCACAAAAUAAGCUGGAGAAAUCUGAGGCUGGCUUAGCGGGAGCUCCAGCCCGUGCUGUAUCAGCUGUAAAGAAUAUGAAUCUUCCUGAGAUCCCAAGAAAUAUUAACAUUGGUGACAUCAGUAUAAAAGUGCCAAACCUGCCCUCUUUUAAAUAAAAAAUUAAAAAGGCCACUCCCAGGUAAAAUCCAGGGGGAAAAGUCAUCUAAGUUUACCAUGCAGUUGUUUACCAAAAAUAGAGGAGGAGAGUCUUAACUUUUGCUCUUGGAUUUAAGUCAAGGUACUGUAUAAAAGUUGUGUAAAAUCGGUAUGGAAGUUCAAUGUUGCUUUUCUUGCUCAGUGAUUUUGAAGAAAUUGAGUAGUUCCAGUGUGAUGUUUCUCUUUCUUUUCUAAACUGCAUUCCUGUGCCCACCUACGGCAUGCCUCUGUGUAUUGGCUACUACAGUAUUUCAAAAAGUGUUUGAGACGUUUCUUUAAAUUAUGUACAAUCCAAAAUGUUGGUGUUUUGUAUGGAUCACAAGUGCAGCAUUCCAUAAUUCUGUUAUUUGUCACAAUGGUUAUUUAAAGAACCAAGUAUGUAUUGCAUGAAAACAUUAUGACCUUUUCCUCUUAGUUUAAAUAAACUCCAAGGUAACUGGACUUCUAAAGCA